AUGGCAAGUACAGGUAGUCCAUCUAAUGUAUAUGAUGAAAAGGGCACUGUACUCUACCGUGCAGUCCCCUGCACCUCAACCGGUGUUGCGGAUGAAAAUGAAAAUCAAACCAACACAGCGGCUGUAGAUUGCUCCUCCACCGUCAUACUAAACAAUUCCACUAAAGCCAUUCAUGCCACACACACAUUCGCCACUCCCCCACGUUCAAACAAAUCCACACUCGCAGCGGCAACUCUACCAGACGCGACGACAACAGUUGCCGCUGCGAGUGGAAAAAAUAAUACAGUGAGUGGAAGUACGGCGGCUCCCAUCACUGAAGCACUCAAUCUCACUCCAAACAGUAUGACCGCAGAACAGGCGUUAGCACGACUCUUCCCACCCGUACCACUCCAACAACAACAACAAGAUGGAAAAGAAAAAGACAGUGAGUUAACAUGGAUGAAGGUGGCAGAUAUUGAACACACCAGUAGACUUGACGCGGUAUGUCUACGAGAACACCUGGAAAGACGUUGUAAAGAAGAAAACGCCCGUCCCACUGGUGUUGUCUGUAUGAUUCGUGAAGGUAUUUACACCGAUGGUUUACGUGAAGUGAUUCGUCAGGUGACUGUGUUGUGCCCAGAGCGGGGUUUACUACUCGCGGAACUCGCCACAGAGAUGCAGCAGACAACUAACACAUAUGAUAUUCUCUUUGACAGUGCCUGUCAGUAUGCCGUGCGAAAAGCAAUUGAACGGGAUCUGCGGAGUUACUUGUUUGAUGAGAAGAUAUCUCUUGAGAGUGAAGUACGUCGACUGGAAAAUCGCGUAAAUGAACUGCGGGCGAAACAUGAUGGGAUGACGAAACGCUUUGAGGAACAAAAACAGGCAGAACUGAAUCGAUAUGAAGAGGAAGUAAAAUAUCUCAAAAAGGCGAAUCAGCAAAUUGUAAAUGAGAUUAAACGUAUUACAGCCUUAGAGAAAUCAGCAGCGGCAGCAGCGGCGGCAGCAGCAGCACAUGCAUCCGCACAGAAAAGUGCAUAA